UUUUACUUUAAAAAUGGAAAAGGAGGGUACCACAAAAGAGCCAGACCAGUCUCUCGACCAACCCCAAAAAGUUGAGUCAAGAGAGGAAAACAAGAAGCAGCCAGAAGAUGAAAAAGCCAAAGAUCUUGAAAAGAGCCAAAAUGGAAGCAGGAAAAGCCACUCACAAGAGAAAGAUAGGAAAAAGAGAAGAAGAGGGUCUAUUAGCUCAGGAGAAAGAUCUUCUCUAAGUCAUAGAGGAAAGCAUAGAAGAUCUAUCAGUAGAGACUCAAGAGAUAGUAGAAGAAGACAUAGAAGAGAUAGUAGAGAUAGAAGACAUAGAAGAGAUUCCAGAGAUAGAAGACAUCGUAGAAGAAGAUCUAGAGACAGAAAAAGGAGAAGAAGCUCUUCAUCCCGCUCAAGAUUCUCGUCAGACUCCAGAGAUGACCAACAAGGAAAGACAGUGUAUGUAGCUAAUCUCUCCAAAAAAGUUGAUGAGAGAGAGCUUAGAGAUAAGUUUAGAAAGUACGGGAGAAUCGAUAACUACAAUAUCGUCUACGACCCUAUCGUCAGAGAGUCCAGAGGCUUCGGCUUCGUUACUUUUGAAUCCAAGACUGACGCUCAAGAUGCUGUCAGAGAUCUUGAUGGGUUAGAAUUCGAAGGAAGAGAUCUUAUAGUCCAAAUCGCUAAAAGAUCCAAGCCAAGAAAAUCAACACCUGGAAAAUACCUCGGCUACGACAAAUACAGAGGUAGAAGAGAUAGAUCUGGCUCAAGAAGGAGAAGAAGAUCCUAUAGCUACUCAAGCAGAGAUUAAGCUCUAAUUACUUUUUACAUGACUCAAUUCUUGGUCAAAAA